GCGCGCGCGCGUGUGCGCGCCUGAGCAUAAAACAGUUGAAUCCGGCAGGUAAUUUGCUGAUUACCUGCUGGAUAACGGGCCUUCUUAGGUGGCAGGGCGCAGCAGUGGCCCAGACAAGGUUCCCCCUGAAGAGGCUUGUAUUCUAAUAGGAGGAAAUAGAGAAAUAGAAUGAAAAUCAGAAAAUGACUGUUACAUGAAAUAAAAACAGGGUGAUGUGACUUAGGGAUUGUUGGUGGGGCGGGCCUUUCUGCAGAGGUGGCCUUCAAACUGAGCAGAGGGAAGGGGAUCGGAGACGGGCUGGUGCGAGGCAGGGCCCAGCACAUCUGAGAGGCCAUCACGCUCCCUCGGUGCCAGGCUCUGAGGCUCACACAGCUGACUCCCCGAGAGAAGCCUUUGAGGAGGGUGCAUUUGCUCUCACCCCGUUUCGCAGAUUGGAAUGAGGGGUCACUUGGGCCGUCCUGCUAGAAAGUGACCGAACUGGACUCUAGAAGGAGAAUGCUUGACUCCAGAGUUCACUUGCUUCAUGUUGCUGUGACAGUCUCCUCGAGACGUGGAGAGUCAUGUAACGAUGGAUAUGUUGCUUGUCAGACAAGCAGAGGCUGGCUGGCUGUCGUGUUUGGAAUAAUUUCUGCACAUUCAUCUGAAAGAAGCAGACAUCUCUAGCUAGAUUGCAUGCUUCCAGGGUUCACCAGGCGUGUUCUAAUACUGCUUUUCCUACUUCAGUUCAAGUAAAGGGUUUUAUGGUUACAGAAUGUCCGAAGGUGACAGCGUUGGAGAUUCUGUCCAUGGGAAGCCUUCUGUGGUGUACAGAUUUUUCACAAGACUUGGACAGAUCUAUCAGUCCUGGCUAGACAAGUCCACGCCUUACACAGCCGUGCGAUGGGUGGUGACACUGGGCCUGAGCUUCGUCUAUAUGAUUCGAGUUUACCUCCUGCAGGGCUGGUACAUCGUGACCUACGCCUUGGGGAUCUACCAUCUCAAUCUUUUCAUAGCCUUUCUCUCGCCCAAAGUGGACCCUUCCUUGAUGGAGGACUCAGAUGAUGGCCCCUCAUUACCAACCAAACAGAACGAGGAGUUCCGGCCUUUUAUUCGAAGGCUUCCAGAGUUUAAAUUUUGGCAUGCGGCGACCAAGGGCAUCCUCGUGGCCAUGGCCUGCACCUUCUUUGAGGCUUUCAAUGUCCCCGUGUUCUGGCCCAUCCUGGUGAUGUACUUCAUCAUGCUUUUCUGUAUCACCAUGAAGAGGCAAAUAAAGCACAUGAUAAAGUACCGGUACAUCCCGUUCACGCAUGGCAAGAGGACGUACAGGGGGAAGGACGACGCAGGCAAGACGUUUGCGAGCUAGGUGCUCGGCCGGGCCCAGCGGAGUCGGAGGGCGGUUCUGAGCCAUUGUAACAAUGCCUUCUUCCUUCACGUAAAGUAGUUGAUUUCGAGGGAGUCGAAUUUUCUUUUUAAAAAGGAGCUUCAAUUAUUUGUAACUGAAAUAUCAGGUUCUUGAAGAAACUGACAUUUAAACCAAAUUGCAUUGAUUUAUUUUUCAGUGACAUUCAAGUGUUCAAAUGGACAGAAUUCUAGUAAACUGCUGCCUGGGUGGACAAUCGGGUGGGGGCGUGGGGAGGGGCGGGCGAACUCUGUUGCUGGGCGGCCGUGGAACAGACCUACACGGAAGGAGCCGGGUUGUGCCCCAGCCGCCCCCACCCUGGACGCCCGUGGCCACGUCGCCCGGCUGGAGGAUGAUGCUAACCUGAUUCCUGUGCUUUGGAAGAACAUUUGAAAGGUGAUUUCCAAGUAACUCUGGGGUUCUAAUGCGAGUUUCCCACUUUCAUCUCACCAGAGAUGUUUAAAGUUGGUCUCUUAUCAUAAUGACUCAAAACUUUGUUCUCAAUUACCAUGAUUGCUUUUGAGGGCCUGGAAUUAUAAAUAUAUAUAUUAUAUUUUAA